AUGGAGGAAAACCCUAGUUCAUCAAGAACUGAUAGAAAAUUCAUUGAGAGGAAUAGAAGAAAUCAAAUGAAGGCUCUCUACUCCAAGCUCUAUUCACUUGUGCCUCAUCAAAGCUCAAUGGAGGCUAAUUCGCUGCAAGAUCAGAUAGGAGAAGCCACAAGCUACAUAAAGAAUUUACAGAUGAAGUUGGAAAAAUUGAAGGAGAAGAAGAACAAACUAAUAGGAAUUGACAGGUCAAAAUAUCCACAAUUUGAGAUCCAACAAACUUGUUCAACCUUAGAGGUUGUUCUAAUAACUGGAUUGGAUUGUCAAUUCAUGUUCAAUGCUACCAUUCGUGUUCUUCAUGAAGAAGGAUUAGAUAUUGUUAAUGCCAGUUAUGCAGUUGUUGAAGAUACAGUUUUCCAUACAAUACACUGUCAGGUAGGGGAAUCUGCCAAUGGAGCUGCGAGGAUAUCUGAGAAACUAAGGAAAUUUUAG